CGUGAAUAUAUCUGGGCAGGAUGAGUAUUUUGCGUAAGUUUGUUCGAAAUGUAUUGAAGAAGUUAGCUUAAGUGAAUUCCUUGCCGCUAUCAUGCCUGCCGAACUUUCAGCCCCUCUACCGCAAACCACUUUGGAGACAACCGUUGAUGAACCCGCUCCGCCUAGGUCUCUCACUGCGGCAAAGCUACCUCCUCUAAAGAAGAUUCCCAAGAAGUGGAGAUGGACCGGGGAACUUUUUGCGGACGUUUCACGGGGGAAGGCUGACCGGCUUGGCGAAGUUGAGUUGACGGACGCUACAGACGCUCAGCCAGGAGGCGCUCGCUUCAGCAUUCUACUUGACGCCCUCAACUCCCUUCGAAUACGCAGGUUGUAUGAUGAGUCAGAUUUGAACAUGAUUCUUCCUGCAUGUGGUCCCGUGCAUCAGUUUGGGAAAUUGGGUCCCACAGACACGCAAGAUAAAGAUGCUAUGAAAGCUCUAGUGCGGUAUAUGGAUGUUAAACAACAGGUGACCUUCAUCAAACUUUCUUUGGACGAUGCAGAAGUCGCUAUGUUAAUACUUUUCCCUCCCACAUUACGUGACCCAUGUGAUCGACUUGCUGUACCAGCACAUCUAACUGUACGCGGUUCACGCGAAAGUGACAGGCUCAUCGUUGUGCUUGUACCGUUCGUACUGACUUCGGCGAAGUAUAAAGCGCACGAAGUCGGAAUGCCGAUCGAUGCCAUUCUUCGCCGUCUACCUAACAUCGACGGAACGGAUCCUGAUGGGCUAGAACGACGAUAUCGCAGCCUUGUUUCAAAACAGUAUUUUUAUCGGGCUACAAACAUUCUUCAAAUUUCCCAAGAAUUAAGAGACUUUAUGAGUAGCCGCAGCCCCAGGCCAUAUUGCAUAUGGUCUUCAGUCGAAGAUGGCUCUAGCAGUUUCACAGUGGAGGCAAAUUUGUUGAAAGCUGUUUUGGAGAAGUGCGGCGCGCCGGACGUUGGUUAUAGCGCUGAGGCACGGGUUGUCUUCGUGCACAAUGGUGCUCUUAGUACUCUCCACAAGCUUCCUGCUCUGGCAGAGCGAAGGGGCCAACGAAGUGAAGUUCGAUUUUUCACAUUUGGGACUCAUGAAACAGUCUCACCAGAUAGAUGGGGUGUUCGUGAAAUUUACCCGAUAGGGGGUAUAAUAACCUUUACACCUUCUGCUUUGCUAAAUGAUCCAUUUGGUGUCUACGAGUUAAUGACAAAAGUCACGAACCACCCAUUGUGGGAGUGCUACUUGUUACCUUCAGUUCUUGGUUUUUACUGUCAGAUAUUAAGAGGUGAUCAUGAAAGUGAUUUAUCUUUGCUUUCCCCUUUCUUGAAGCUUGUGGAGGAUGGUAGUGUUGCACCUUUGUGGUCACCUCCUUCACCUGGAAGAUCUUUUUUACAAGGUCAAGCCUCUUGGGUAGAUUGGCUGCUUGAAACACAGUCACAACCCUUUCCGGACAUGUUGGAGAGCUGUGUUAGGGUCUUCAAGCAAAAAUAUUCUGAUAUCCCAGUAUCUGACCAAUUACUCAAUAUGGAGGCAGAAAUUGCAAAGGAUAUGUGUUCCAUGCAAACUCAGCCAUCCAUUGCUGAUGAAUACAGGCGAUUUGUGGUCAUUAAAGCACCAAGUGAGACACAUAUAGGAUGGGAUCAUGAAGCACUUGAAUGGUAUACAGCAGAUGAUUUUGACUUCAAAGAUGACUAUUUUCUUAAAGAAGAGAUUGAGUAGGAUGCAGUAGGGAGGAAGUAGGCUGGUUAUUUCCUUCUUUAGAAAUGAAAUUGUGGUGAUUUAAGGCAGAAUGCCCUU